CUGAUUAAACAAACAAGAAGCAGUCCAUCAGGAAGGAGUUUGCGUCUAAACACGAAAUGCUUGGCGAUAUACCUCGCCUUGAAAUUGCAGUUCCAUGUGAUGCCGACGUCUCUUAACAGAACAGCAGUCCAAUGAAUACAGAGCUCGGCCGUUUUAUUUUUGUCGUUUUAUUGCCACUGUUUGUCCUUAUCGCUGGCGUUCUGCUUCAAGAAUCUCAAGCACGUCUUGCAAAGUCACCAUGCCUUAAAAAAUGCCAUCGCUUAGCUCAAAAAGCUGCUGGUUCAAAGCAGGUACUCCUCCCGUGCAAUAAACUUUGCAAAGCAAGGCAAGUGGCAGACCAACGAGGCCCAACUCAACAUAGCUCCAUCAAACGGAGCAUUCAACAGGCAUUGAAAGCCAUUCCUGAAUGCUCAGUCUCUUCGCCAAAUCAAAAAGUGGAUUGGACCCCAAGCUAUGUGAACGUGACCUUUGGACAAUAUAAAAAGACCAGCCACUGGUACGCCAACAUAUCUUGGACACCCUUAAAUGAAACUUACGGAAACUGGUCUGGCAUAGUUGUUAAACUUUUGGUAAAAAAUGCCCACCCACUCUUAAACGGCGUAUACCCAUCAAUUUGUUCUCAACAUCCAAAGGUAAGAUGCAAAGUUACGCGGAAAAUACACUUCUAAUCCUUCUUAUAGCCUGACCUGAAUUUUGUUACUUAUGAGGUGAACUCAAGAGGGUAUUAAAUAUAUCUU